CGCCUCAUGUGCUCCUCUCCCCUCUGUAUCCCUCUUUGCUCCCCCCAAAUUCCACACCUUCUCCCUCUCUCACCCGUCCCUUUCCAGUCUGUACCUCUUCUUCUUCUUCCCCCAUUCCCCAUUUCUCUAGUGAGUAGUGACAGAAAAGAGAGAGUGUGUGUGAGUGUGUGAGUGUGUGAGUGACACACUAACACUAAUAACACUAAUAACAAGAACUAGAGAGAUAAACCAGACCCAAUGCCUCCACUCCUCCAUUGACAAACAGAAACAGAAACAGAGAAAGAGAAAGUCAGAAAACCAAACCCAAACCUAAGCUCAUGAUGUCUCUUUCUCUCCUCUCUCUUCUCCUACUACUCCUUCUCUCCAUCUCCUCCUCCUCCUCCCAACCCGCCGACGAGCUCCGUUCCCUUCUCGAGUUCAAGAAGGGCAUCCACUCCGACCCUUCUGGACUCCUCUCCUCCUGGACCGCACCUGCCUCCCCAUCCGCCGCCGCUGGCUCCACCCCUGGCUCCUGCCCCGCCGCCUUCCACGGCGUCUCCUGCUCCCCCUCCGGCUCUGUCCUCUCCAUCUCCCUCCCCUCCCUCAACCUCUCUGGCGAACUCCACUUCGCCACUCUCCUCCCACUCCGCUCCCUCUUCUCCCUCUCCCUCCCCUCCAACUCCCUCUCUGGUCGCCUGCCUCCUUCCCUCUUCUCCCUUCCAUCUCUCCAACACCUCGAUCUCUCAUCCAACCUCUUCUACGGUCCCAUCCCUUCCCGCCUUUCUCAACUUGCCUCUCUCUCCCACCUCAACCUCUCCCACAACAACCUCUCUGGCGGCUUCCCCUCCUCCCUCCGCAACCUUCCCCAACUCCAAACUCUCGAUCUCCGAUCCAAUAGCCUCUCGGGUGACAUCAGCGUUCUUAUCUCCGAGCUCCGCUCCGCCCGGCAUUUGGAUCUGAGUAACAAUCGCUUCUCCGGCAGCCUCGACGUCGAUUCCCGGAAUCUUUCAGGGCUUGUUGAUGGGGUUAAUUAUGUGAACAUCAGUGGGAAUGAGCUCAAUGGCGGUUUCUUUUCCAAGGAUUCCAUGAAAUUGUUUCGGAAUCUGGAGGUUUUGGAUUUAGGGUUUAAUAAGCUCAACGGAGAGUUGCCGGAGAUGGAUUCGUUGCCAAAGUUGAGGGUUUUGAGGGCUGGGAACAAUCAGCUGUUUGGAUCCCUGCCGGAGGGGCUGUUUGAGACUGGUGUGCCACUGGAGGAGCUUGAUCUCAGUGGGAAUGGGUUCACUGGUUUUAUUGCCAAUAUCAACUCUACAAGUUUGAAGAUUUUAAAUCUCUCUUCAAACUCCUUAUCUGGUUCUUUGCCGGCCAAGUUUGGGAGCUGCACACUAGUGGACUUGAGUAAUAAUAUGCUGUCUGGUGACCUAAAUGUUAUGAAGAGUUGGGAAAAUGAGUUGGAGGUUAUUGACUUGAGUUCUAAUGCACUAUCAGGGAGCUUUCCGAAUGAUAUGCCUCAGUUUGAAUCUCUAACAGCCAUCAAGAUGCGAAAUAAUUCUUUAGUUGGCUCACUUCCUACUAUAUUAGGAAGCUACCCUAAACUAUCAGUAGUUGAUUUUAGUUUGAAUAAGCUCACGGGAUCUAUUUUGCCGAGCUUUUUCACAUUGAAAUCUCUGACCCAUUUGAAUUUAUCAGGAAACUACUUUACUGAAACUCUUCCUCUGCAAAGGCUGCAUUCAGCUGAAUUGGAAGCUCUGUCAUUGUCAAGUCAACUUGAGAUUCUUGAUUUAUCUGAUAACUCGUUAUCUGGCAUAUUGCCACCAGAAGUUGGUAACUUUAAAAGACUUAAGUUUCUCAAUCUUGGAAAGAAUGCCUUGUCUGGAGGACUGCCUGUUGAAAUAAAUAAGCUUACUGGGUUGGAAUACCUUGAUCUAUCCAACAAUCAUUUCAAUGGUGAGAUACCUAAUGUGGUGCUUCCAAGCCUAAAGGUACUUAAUAUGUCCUUAAACAAUCUACAAGGCCCUGUUCCUGAGAACUUGAGGAGGUUUCCUAGUACCUCAUUUCGUCCUGGAAAUGUUUUGCUAGUCUUUGCAGAUGGUACUACUGGAGGAGAUGACAACUCUGGACUUCCAGAAGGAGGGGCUCAGCAUCAUGGUGUGAAACUCCGUGUUCGCAUAGCGUUGAUAUUUGGUUCUAUUGGUAUUGUUCUGUUGAUUAUCUUUGUGUUUAUGGCAUUCUUUAUGACAAGGACUGAGGUUUGUGGACGAAAAGGAUUUAGGGUCCAAAUACCCGGAAGAGAAGUAAAUCUUGGGAGAUUCAAUCGCCCAAACAUGUUCAAGUCGUCAAAAGAUGAUGCUGCACCAGUUUCUAUGAGCUUUUCGAAUGACCAUUUGUUAACUUCAGCUUCUAGAUCAAUGUCUGCACAGAAAGAGUUGUUAACUGAGACUGUUGAAUAUGGUUUUUCUGAUUCAAGGGAUGGUUGUUCAGAACCUGUGAAGCUUGACUCACAAGAACUUGGUCCUUCAACUACUGAAAGGAGUUCUUUCCCAGGUGUGAUGAUGCCUUCUCCUCAUUUUGUUGAUCCAAGGAUGUCUGAGCAACCUGUGAUGCUGGAAGUUUAUUCACCAGAUCGAUUGGCUGGAGAACUGUUUUUCUUGGAUGGUUCUUCCAUAUUUACUGCUGAGGAAUUGUCUCGUGCCCCUGCUGAAGUUCUUGGCAGAAGUAGUCAUGGGACCUCAUAUAAAGCAACAUUGGAUAGUGGUCAGUUGUUGAGUGUGAAGUGGUUGCGAGUUGGCCUGUUCAAACAUAAGAAAGAGUUUGCGAAGGAAGCUAGGAAGAUCGGGGCCAUUAGGCAUCCAAACAUCAUCUCCUGGAGAGCCUAUUAUUGGGGUCCUAGGGAGCAAGAACGCUUGAUUAUAGCUGAUUUCAUCUAUGGAGAUAGUUUGGCACUUUAUCUUCAUGAAUCAACACCUAGAAGAUACUCGAUGCUUUCUGUCAGGCAAAGGCUAAAGAUUGCAAUUGACGUCGCCCGAUGUUUGUAUUACCUUCAUUUUGAGAGGAACUUACCUCAUGGUAAUCUGAAGCCAACAAAUAUACUCCUGACUGGGCCCGAGCUAACUGCACGGCUGAUGGAUUAUGGUCUACAUCGUCUCAUGACACCAAGUGGCACAGCUGAGCAGAUACUUAAUCUAGGGGCACUUGGGUACAGAGCACCAGAGUUAGCAACAACAAACAAACCUUUGCCAUCAUUUAAAGCCGAUGUAUAUGCAUUUGGGGUGAUACUCAUGGAGAUGUUGACCCGAAGAAGUGCUGGUGAUAUUAUUUCUGGCCAGUCAAGCGCUGUAGACCUUACAGAUUGGGUUCGAAUGUGUGUCACAGAAGGACGGGGAACAGAUUGCUAUGAUAGAGACAUUGCUGGCUUGGAGGAAGCACCAAGAGUAAUGGAUGAACUGCUGGCAGUUUCUCUCAAGUGUAUCCUUCCUGUAAAUGAGAGGCCUAACAUCAAAACAGUCUUUGAAGAUCUCUGCUCCAUAACCAUGUGAAAUUUUUUUGUACAUGUGAUUGGAAUCAUAAUUUCUCAAUAUUUUUUCUUCUUUUGUGUUGUCAAGCCUUUCUUAAAUUUCAAUUAAGGCUUGUUUUUA